AAAUGGGGUCCCGGAGGCAAGUACACCCCGCGCCCUUACGUAAGAGGCGGAAGAGCGUGUCUUCCAGGAAGAGGCGGAGUCGAGGUGAGAGAGUGAAAGCCUUAAUACAGGAAUGGGUUUUGGAGUUUCUGGGCGCUGAAGAAAUAGGGGGCCUUCCGCCUGCGGGCCUAGGGAGUCGACACCGUGGAGCCCCCCCAGACCAGGGACUUACCACUGAAUAAAUCCAGUCCAGGGUGCGGCGACUCACUGGCUUCAUGGGGUCGCAGCAGCCGCCGGGGUCUCCGCUGUCUCGCGAGGAGGGUGAAGCGCCCCCGCCUGCUCCCGCGCCUGAGGGCCGGCGGCGAAGUCGCCGGGUACGCCUUCGCGGAUCCUGCCGUCAUCGACCUAGCUUUCUGGGCCGCCGGGAGCUUGGCUCGAGCGCGCCAGCCGGGCCUGCGCCGGUAUCCUCCGAGAUAAUGGCAUCAGCUGCUAAGGAAUUUAAAAUGGACAACUUUUCACCUAAAGCUGGUACUAGCAAAUUGCAACAGACAGUACCAGCUGAUGCAUCUCCUGAUUCUAAGUGUCCUAUAUGUUUGGAUAGAUUUGAUAAUGUGUCUUACUUAGAUCGCUGUUUACAUAAGUUCUGUUUUCGCUGUGUACAGGAGUGGUCAAAAAACAAAGCUGAAUGUCCACUAUGUAAACAGCCCUUUGAUUCUAUUUUCCAUUCUGUGAGGGCAGAAGAUGACUUCAAGGAGUAUGUCCUAAGGCCUUCAUAUAAUGGUUCUUUUGCAACCCCUGAUGUUCCACGAUUUCGCUAUCGUACAACUAUGACAAGAGAUCGAAGUGCUUCUGUUUAUUCACCUAAUAGUACUAUGAGUAGAAGAACAACAACUCCACCAGAUAGUGGAGUACUAUUUGAGGGGUUAGGCAUUUCAACAAGACCUAGAAAUGGUGAAAUUCCUCAACUUAUGAGACAGAUUGCAGUAAGGAGGCCAACUACUGCAGAUGAAAGAUCUUUGCGGAAAAUUCAAGAACAGGAUAUUAUUAAUUUUAGACGAACUCUUUAUCGUGCUGGCGCCCGUGUUAGAAAUAUUGAAGAUGGUGGUCGCUGCAGGGAUAUUUCAGCUGAAUUUUUCCGUAGAAAUCCAGCUUGCCUUCACAGAUUAGUCCCCUGGCUAAAACGUGAACUUACAGUUCUUUUUGGAGCUCAUGGAUCUUUAGUGAAUAUUGUCCAGCACAUCAUCAUGAGUAAUGUUACUCGCUAUGACUUGGAAAGUCGGGAAUUUGUGUCUGACUUAAGACCAUUUCUGCUUAAUCGGACUGAGCAUUUUAUACAUGAAUUUAUCAGUUUUGCUCGAUCUCCUUUUAACAUGGCAGCUUUUGACCAGCAUGCUAAUUAUGAUUGCCCUGCUCCUUCAUAUGAAGAAGGUAGCCAUUCUGAUUCUUCAGUCAUAACAAUAUCUCCUGAUGAAGCUGAGACUCAAGAGUUAGAUAUCAAUGUAACCACUGUUAGUCAGGCACCGUGGGAUGAUGAAACUCCAGGGCCAUCUUACUCAAGCUCAGAACAGGUACACGCUGCCAUGUCUUCCCUUUUAAAUACUUCUGAUAGUUCAGAUGAAGAACUUGUAACAGGAAGAGCCACAUCUCAGAUACAAGGAGUACAAACUAAUGAAGACCUCAAUAAUGACAGUGAUUCUUCUUCAGAUAAUUGUGUCAUUGUUGGGUUUGUUAAACCACUAGCUGAGAGGACCCCAGAACUUGUUGAACUGUCCUCUGAUUCUGAGGAGUUAGGCUCUUAUGAGAAAAUGGAGACUGUGAAGACACAAGAACAGUCUUAUAGUUCUGGUGAUAGUGAUGUUAGUAGAUGCUCAUCUCCACACUCUGUCCUUGGAAAGGAUGAGCAAAUAAAUAAAGGUCAAUGUGGUUCUGGUAAAAGAAUCAAGUCAAAGAAAGAAGAGAAGCACUCUACAUCAUUGUCAUCUCCCAGAGACCUGAGCUCGUCUAUCAGAGGAGACAGGGUAUAUUCCCCAUAUAACCGUAGACACAGGAGGAGGGGAAGAUCAAGAAGUUCAGAUUCUCGUUCCCAGAGUAGAAGUGGGCAUGAUCAGAAGAGUCGUAGAAAGCAUCAUGGGAAGAAAAGGAUGAAAAGCAAAAGGUCCAGGAGCAGGGAGAGUAGCAGACCUAGAGGUAGAAGGGACAAGAAGAGAUCAAGAACUAGAGACAGCAGUUGGUCAAGAAGAAGUCAGACUCUCUCUCUCAGUAGCGAAAGCACAAGCAGAUCAAGAUCUCGUAGCAGUGAUCAUGGUAAAAGAAGAUCACGGAGCAGAAAUAGAGAUCGUUAUUAUUUAAGAAAUAAUUAUGGAAGCAGGUAUAAGUGGGAGUAUACUUACUAUAGUAGAAACAAGGACAGGGAUGGCUAUGAAUCAUCUUAUAGGAGGAGGACUCUGUCCAGAGCUCAUUAUUCCAGACAAUCUUCAAGUCCAGAAUUUAGAAUUCAGUCCUUUUCUGAAAGAACAAAUGCUAGGAAAAAAAAUAAUCACAGUGAAAGGAAGUAUUACUACUAUGAAAGGCACAGAUCAAGAAGCUUGUCCAGUAAUAGAUCAAAAACUGCAUCUACAGGGCCUGACUGGGUAAGAAAUGAAAAGCCCGGAGGGAAACGAAAAUACAAAACACGGCAUUUGGAGGGUACUAAUGAAGUGGCUCAACCUUCUCGUGAGUUUGCUUCUAAAGUAAAGGAAAGUCAUUACCAAAAGUCCUCAUCAAAAUUGGAUGGCAACCAUAAAAAUGAGAGUGACAGCUUUUCAGACAGCCGAUCAUCAGACAGAGAGACAAAACACAAAAGGAGAAAAAGGAGGACCCGGAGCCUAAGUGUAGAGAUAGUUUAUGAGGGCAAAGCUACUGAUACAACUAGGCAUCAUAAAAAGAAAAAGAAGAAGCACAAGAAGAAGCAUAAGAAACAUCAUGGGGACAAUGGUUCACGUUCGCCAGUUGUAAUUACCAUUGACAGUGAUAGUGAUAAGGAUUCUGAAGUAAAGGAAGAUACAGAAUGUGACAAUAGUGGUCCUCAGGACCCUCUACAAAAUGAGUUUUUGCCUCCUCCCUUGGAACCAUUUGAAGCUAAAGAUGUAGUUACAAUAGAAGAUGAAUUUGGCAUCCUAGACAAGGAGUGUACUAUUUCCACACUUAAUGACAACUUGAAUAAUGCCAACAAAACUGUGGAUGAUAUUCCACCCCAGGCAGCUUCAGUUGAACAGACUCUUGAUGUAAGAGAAGAGAGUACUUUUGCCUCUGAUUUGGAGAACCAGCCCAGUAAUGUUGCUAUUCACACUGAGCCAUCAAGGCAGUUGCCGUCUCCACGGACAUCGUUAAUGUCAGUAUCUCUUGGUAGAGACCACGAUAUGUCUUAAAACUGCCAAAGCAUCUCAUUGAGAAUUCUGAUGGUAUAAGAAAAAAAAAAAAAAAAGAACAGUGUCAUCUACUGCAGUCUAUUUAAAGAUGACUUUUGGUGAAAACUCUUAGCCCCUUAAAAAUAUUUUAAGUAAUUUUUUUUGUGUUAAAAAUUUGUAAAAAUCAUUAUUUGUUCAAAAAGUAUGUAUGUCCCACCCUCAGAGAUAUGCACUUUUAAGUGAGGAAAAUGAUAUUGCUAGCAGUUUAUUUAAAACUUGGGAUCCUUUUUAAAUAAAAAAAUAUAAAUUUUAGAAGUUAUUUCAUAAAGCCAUAUGGUAUUGACAUAUUUUUAAAGUAGUCAAUGAGUAUUUUUGAAUUUUUUUUUUGAGAGUUAUUCUGGAAAUGUGUUAUAAGCUAGGAGAAUCCCUUUGGACAGUUUAUUUUUCUUCUUAAAAAUUUGUAUGAUUCAAAACCAUUUCUUCAGGUUAAAUUGAGGCAUUUUAAUCUGCACAGUUUGACACCUGCCAAAAGAAAAAUUUAAAUAUUUCCUUUAUAUACUUGUUUAUCUGGACUGCCAGUAAAACAAAUGUGUAUUCAACAAAAUAAAAAAUAAAACAGUAACACUUUAACAAGAAUCUAGAAAUUUUCCUACGCAGUGUUGCCUUAAAAAAAAAAAAAUCGAAUUACUUGAACUACUUAGAGGAGCUAAAAUCUUCAAAAUAGUUAAGGGUAUACUUGUUAAUACUAAAUUUCAAGUGAUCUGCAUUUCAAUUUAGUUCGUUAAUCUGAUUAUGAGGAAUAUCUUCAGCAGAAUGCAGCUAUGUAGCAUUUAGCUUACUAAAAACAAAAGGUCCUUGCCAAAGGUCUUUUACAUUGGUACUUACACACAAAGUAAUUAUGUUUAUGUUUUAUUCUGUUUUAGAAAUGACAAAUUGCUCUCCAUCUAUCCUAAAAUAAGAUUGCCAGUAACAGAACUUGGAUUAAGUCUAAUUCAGCCUUCAGUUUGCCUUGCUACCAUAUUCAUUUGUUGUUCAACAGAAAUUGGGAUGCCUGAUGUGUGGCAGGUUCUGUACUAUGUUUUUAGGGUUUUAGUGGUAGAACAAAGCAGAUCCGCUCCUUGCCAUUGUGGAACAUUUAUGUAAACAUUACAAACCAUAAGUUCUGUGGAGGGGAAAGUAUGAUUUCCUAGAAGAGCAUACAGUGGGGGCCUAAUCUCAUGUGGAAAUGAUGGCUGAAUUGAAAUUCAGAAAACAGAUGUUAGCUAGGAGUAGAGUUGUUCUUACCAAAGGGAAAGAUUAUCCAAAGAUUCAAAAGCAGAAGGAUAGCCUUGCAUAUUCCAAGAAUUGAAAGAAGGCAAAGUUAGUCACAGGGCAGAGUGUGGCACUAAGCUUUGUUGGUCAUGUUUGUAUUUGUCCUAAUGGCGAUAGGAAAUUCUUUAAAAAUGACAAUCAAAAUUGAUGUUUGCAAUUUUUAUAAGAUUAGACAUUGAGAAAUUAUGGGAAGUUGAUCAAGGAAUAUAAUUUGAAAUUAUGAUUUUGUAGUUUAAGUAUUAAAAACAAUGCUAUUUUAUUUUCUGACUUUACAUAUUUUUAAACAUUUAGUGAAAACCUAUCUUAGUGUUGUCAGUUAAACACAUGAAACUCAUCUUAAUACGUGGCAGCAUCAUAUCAUCCUCUUAGGGGUUCAGGCCAAAAAUUUCCCGGUCUUUGAUUCUCCUCCUUCAGCCCUCUCAUUCAAUCCCCAAAUCCUGGUCACUAAAUAUUUCUAAUGUGUCUACACGGUUAUCCAAUCUAGAUAGCCAUGAUCUCUUACCUGUGCUUUUACAGUGGGUCGGCCUGCAUCCAUUGUUGCUCUAAACCUACCUGUUUGCCUCCAGCCUUUCUUGAUGUAGCAGUCAAAAUAUUUUUUUUUAAAGUUUUUGUUUUGUUUCAUUCCCCUAUUUAAAAAUCUUUCAGUAAUUUUCUGUUAUUCUUAAGAUAGUUAAUGAAAGCAAACAAAAAUCCAGCAUAAUAUGUUUUACAUACCUCUGCCUAAUCAGAUUCUGGUUCAUUGUCAGCUUUUCUCUCACCUCAUUUGUGCUCUGGCCAUCCUAAUCUUCAGGUCUGUGGAAGUGCUGCUCCCUGUUAAUGCAGAGCCUUCAUGUGGAUUUUUCUUCUGGAAACAAUUCCAUCCUAAAGGAAAGCUUCUGGUAAAGUGUGCCGUCCUCCAUUAUUUUCCCUCAAUUAUUUACACUCUCAAUAACCUUGGAGUCCUGUAGUAAUUCAUUACUAAGUGUUCUCUCACCUGUCUGCAAGUUCUUUGGCAACCAUACGUACAUUUUCUGGUAAACCACUUCUGUUUUCUUUCAUAUAGGAAAUAUUUAAAGCAUUUGAUGGAUGACUAGAUAGAAGGGAUUUUAAAAAUUGGGACCUGCUGUCUGCUUUUAGAGGGUUCCACUGCCUUAACUUUUAGCCUACCAGUAUAUUCUUUUAAGCUGUUCACCUGAUUCAGUGUGUAUGAGAUAUUUUAUCUUAACCUCAGAUUUUCAGUGUCUUUUUGACUUUUCCUUUGUUUAAAGGAAAUGCAAUCAAGCAUUUGCACUUUCUCGUUCAUCAAUCCUCAGAUUGACAACAGGAAAACUUUUUAUUACUUUUACUUCCCAAUCCAAGGGCCUCCUCAACCCGUUUAAUGUGUAAUAAGAUGGGCUGUGUGUACAAAGGGGCAACAAUUUAUUCAGGGUAAGCUGAUGGCCCAUUCUUGCAGGUUCUUACAUCAUGGGGAAUAAUUGCAGUCCUCUGCCAGUGAGAUGGACACCCAGAGCCAGUCAGAAGUUUCAGAAGAUUCUCCAAGAUACAAAAAAAUCAAGUAUAACCUGGUUCAGUUUGUCACCAGCCCCAGUGUCCCCACUAAUGUCCCCACCAGUGACAGUAGGGGAAGGGAAGUAGAGGGAGAAGGGUUACUCUUCACAUACCAGAUUUCAUCAGAAUUCUGAGCAUGGGUCCAUUUUUAACAUCAAACUCAUUGAGCUAUGCACAAUCAAAACGUUAACUGAUUAAAUUACUAUAAUGUAGCUAUCAUUGAGACCAGAACUUAUGUAGUAGUACCCUCUUACCUGUAAAGGAUAAGUUCCAAGAUCCACCAGUGAAUGCCUACAACUAGAUAGUACCUGACUUUGUAUGUACUGUUUUCUAUUCAUACAAAAAAGUGUAUAAGUUAGGCACAGGAAGAGAUUAAUAACAAUAAAGUUGGACAAUUAUAGCAGUACACUGUAAUGAAAGUUAUAUGAAUGUGGUCUCUCAAAAUAACUUGUACUUGCCCUUCUUGUGAUGUGAAAUGGUAAAAUGCCUAAGGAAUGAAGUGAAGUGAAUGACCUAGGCAUUGUGAUGUAAGCAUCAGGCUACUGUUGACCUCCCCAUACUUCAAAAGGCUUCAUAGUUGACUGCGGAUGAGGGAGCACUAUUCUAUAGACAUGUCCAUUGUUUGAUGCCUUUAGGAAAACCUAUGUAGGAAACUAAAUCAUGAUUAUUGUGUAUGCAGCCUACUUUCAAGUGGUUCAGAAAAAAUGCGUAUAUAGAUGGAGAUGGUGAUAAAGUAAAUUGUGGCAAAAUGUUAAAAAUUGAGGGUAAAA